AUGAAACGGCCUGCGGCUGCUGGCCGCCCCAAGCGUGCGGUGCGCAAGAGAGGUCUCAAGAGGCCUGCGCAUGGGAAGGCUUACGAUGACUACCUACUUUUGCUUGAAGAGAGAAUUGACAGUGAGGCUGACAAGCCAGUGCUGGUGAAGAGGAUCAGAGAAUGGUUUUCGACCAGUGUUGAAGGGCGAAGUGGCUUAGAAUGUUCAAUUUCCUUGAAAUCAGGUGGCAAGAGAGGCAGCGAUGACAAGCAUGCGUGGCGGCUAGUGUGCACUACUUGCUCCAAGUGCAGAAAUUCUGGUGGCUGGCAUGGCUGGGCAUCCUAUGCCAAGCAAGUUUUGCGAAUUCGUGGCAUGGGCUUGGACAAACAUGGCGACUUUGACAGGAAGUACGGUGGAUGUCCUGGUGCGCUGACAGCUGAGCAGAAG